UUUCAAUGAGUUUCAUGAUUCCGAUUCCUUCCAAAAAAUCGCAGCAACCUUGUAUCCUCAAGGAACGCAGCUUCAUCAAAAUAUCCAGUAACAGCAUCACCUUUCAUCUCUGCAAUUCAAUUAAGGUUCAAAUUGAUGUUUAAUUAACCAAAGCAACUCGAAAAAUACCCAAUUUUUCUACCUAAAAUCUCGAGAACUAUCACUGUCUUCGACUCAGGCAUUACCCGUAGAUCUGCUCGACGUGUUUAAUUAGGACUCUGGCGAGGCUGUGGAGGAUCCUCACGAGCGCAUUGCAACGGAGGCACUCUUAAGACAAGUCAUAGUGGACAGAAUUUAAAUACAUACAUAACAGUGUUGUUUUGGGAACAAAGCUCCUUCAAGGAUCUUUAGGGAUGAUAGUGUGCUUUGGAUGGCGACAGUUUCUUUUGUUUGUGACACUUGUUUUCUUUCUAACCCAUUUUCUCUCAGUUAUGGAGUUGCAUCAAGACUCAAAUGUUAAAGAUCCACACCAAAAGAAACAAAAAAAAUUUAAUCAUCUUGUUCUUGGACCCCCUGCUGGUGAAGGUCUGCCACAUCGUUUGCAAUGCAAAGGCACCAAGGCUCUUAACAAGAUCCAAAUAUCAACAUCCUCCAACAUUUCAAAUGGUGGUGGUGGUGUUUCUUUUGUUACAAUUUUCACGGUUUAUAACUCUAGUGUUGAUGAUGUCAAAUCAAGGGAUGCUGCAACCAUUGUGGGGAGAGUUUCAUACACCAAGGUGGAAAGGUCAAUGGCAGUCUUGAAUACUUUCAUAAAUUUUAUACAGAUGGCAAUGCCUCAAAGCAACAUGAUCAUCUUAACUGAUCCAGCAUCGAUGCUUCCACUAAAGAGAAACAGGGUGACUGUAUAUUCAGUUCAAGGUGAAUAUUCACGCGACAAGUUGAUGCUUCAAAGAAUCAGGUCUUACAUUGCUUUUCUAGAGAAAAAGCUUGAAGACCAUACACGGGAACCAACCCAAAAAAUUACUAAUUUUAUUUUCACGGAUUCAGACAUAGCAGUAGUUGAUGAUGUGGCACAAAUAUUUAACAAAUAUGAAAAUUUCCAUUUGGCACUCACUUUUCGUAACAACAAACAGCAGCCUUUAAAUUCAGGGUUCAUAGCAGUCAGGGGUACCCCUGAUGGAAUUUUAAGGGCAAAGGUUUUCUUGGAGGAAGUUUUGAAUGUUUAUGUUACAAAAUACAUGAAAGCUUCACGAAUGCUUGGAGAUCAACUUGCUCUUUAUUGGGUUGUAAAAUCUCAUACUUCAUUUGAUGAAAAAACGUUUAAUAAAGCAGAACCUUUUCUUGAGGAAAUUGGUGGGGCCUCCGUGCUCUUCUUGCCUUGUUUGGUUUACAACUGGACCCCACCAGAAGGUGCUGGUCAGUUUCAUGGCAUCCCCUUGAAUGUAAAGGUGGUUCAUUUCAAGGGAUCAAGGAAACGGCUUAUGCUCGAGUCUUGGAAUUUCUUUAAGUCGUCUUCUUCUUCUUCAUCUCCUGAGGAUCAUGAUGUAUCAGUAUCAUUAUCAGACAUGUUGUGCCUUGUAUUAAGUAGUGGACGAACAAAGUAUGAUUUUUAAACAACAAAAUUAAGGAAUUUAAAGAAAAAAAAUAGAGGUGUCUCAUCUUUUUGUUUUGGUGUUAUUUAAGUUUGAUUUGGUUGUUUAUAUGGAUUUUUGUGGUAGUGUUUUUUUUAAUUAAUUAAUUUAUUAUGUAUGAAUA